AUGUCGAGGCGCAAGCAGGCGAAGCCCCAACACUUCAACUCGGAGGAGGGCCAGGGCGAGCAGCCGCUGCAGCAGCCGAGCCUCGACUUCGCAGAGGCGCCGGCGGCGGAGGAACCGGGUGAGUGCGGUGCUCCAGUGAACUCCCCAGGGACCAGCGAUGAAGCCUCAGAGGACUCCGCCCCGGUGAAGCGGCCCCGGCGGGAGGACACUCACAUCUGCAGUAAAUGCUGUGCCGAGUUCUUUAGUCUCUCUGAGUUCCUGGAACACAAGAAAAGUUGCACUAAAAACCCUCCUGUCCUCAUCAUGAAUGACGCCGAGGGGCCAGUGCCUUCAGAGGACUUUUCCAGAGCUGUCCUGAGCCACCAGCCGGGCAGCCCAAGCAAUAAAGACAGUCUCCAGGAGAACAGCAGCAGCUCUGGGGAAAAGCUGGGCACGGACUCCAUCCUGUACUUGAAGACAGAGGCUACCCAGACGUCCACACCCCAGGACAUAAGCUAUUUACCCAAAGGCAAAGUAGCCAACACCAAUGUGACUCUGCAGGCGCUUCGUGGUACCAAGGUGGCGGUGAAUCAGCGGAGCAUGGAGGCCCCCGCGGCGCCUGUGCCCGUGCCUGUGACUGCUGCCCACGGCAUCCCGUGGGUCCUGGAGCAGAUCCUGUGCCUGCAGCAGCAGCAGCUCCAGCAGAUCCAGCUUACGGAACAAAUCCGAGUCCAGGUGAACAUGUGGGCCGCGCAUGCCCUCCACUCUGGAGUGGCGGGUGCGGACACUCUGAAGGCCUUGAGCAACCAUGUGUCUCAGCAAGUUUCCAUAUCGCAGCAGGUGUCCGCUGCCGUGGCUCUGCUCAGCCAGAAAGCCUCCAACCCGGCUCUGUCCCUGGAUACCUUGAAACAAGCCAAGCUACCUCAUGCCAGCGUCCCCUCCACAGCCAGCUCGCUGUCCUCAGGGUUGACACCCUUCACCUUGAAGCCUGACGGGACUCGGGUUCUCCCCAACUUCGUGUCUCGACUCCCGAACGCCCUGCUACCUCAGACCCCGGGCUCGGUGCUGUUGCAGAGUCCCUUCCCCACUGUGACACUCGACCAGUCCAAGAAAGGAAAAGGGAAACCCCAGAACCUCUCCGCCUCUGCGUUAGAUGCCAAGACCAAGGACGAGGUCGUCCUCGGUAAGCACAAGUGUAGGUACUGUUGCAAGGUUUUCGGGACCGAUAGCUCCCUUCAGAUUCACCUUCGCUCCCACACCGGAGAGAGACCUUACGUGUGCCCUGUCUGUGGUAACCGCUUCACCACCAAGGGCAAUCUCAAGGUCCACUUCCAUCGACACCCUCAGGUGAAGGCAAACCCGCAGCUGUUUGCCGAAUUCCAGGACAAAGGGGCAGCGAGCACCGGUCCUCAUUAUGCUCUCCCUGUCCCUGUCCCCGUAGAUGAGUCGAGUGUCUCUGUGGACACUGAGCCUGUCCCAGUCACAGGAACCCCUUCCGUAGGGCUACCUCAAAAGCUUGCUUCAGGGCCUAACACCAAGGACAUCGUGGGUGGCUCCUUGCCCAACGACAUACAGCCAGGGCCUUCUCCGGAAAGCGAGGCGGGCCUUCCACUACUUGGGGUGGGAAUGACGCCUAAUCCCCCAAGGGCUGGGGGCUUCCAGGGCACUGGGGCCCCCGAGUCAGGGUCAGAGACCCUGAAAUUGCAGCAGCUAGUGGAAAACAUAGACAAAGCCACUACUGACCCCAACGAGUGUCUCAUUUGUCACCGGGUCCUCAGCUGUCAGAGUUCCCUGAAGAUGCAUUACCGUACCCACACAGGGGAGAGACCAUUCCAGUGCAAGAUCUGUGGCCGGGCCUUCUCCACCAAAGGCAACCUGAAAACACACCUUGGGGUCCACCAAACCAACACAGCCGUAAAGACCCAGCAUUCAUGUCCCAUCUGCCAGAAGAAGUUCACCAACGCCGUCAUGUUACAGCAACAUAUCCGGAUGCACAUGGGUGGCCAGAUCCCCAACACUCCCCUGCCAGAGAGUCCCUGUGACUUCACAGCUCCUGAGCCCAUGGCCGUCGGUGAGAACGGCAGUGCCAGCAGCUUCUGCCAGGAAGACACAAUGGAAGGGACGGGAGCUGAGGAUGUCUGUUCCCAGGAUGUCCCCAGUGGCCCCUCAACAGUCUCUGCGCCAGUUCCUAGUACCCACCUGGCGUCACCCUCCCUGGGCUUUUCAGUGAUGGCGCCCCUGGAUGUUCAGGGGAAAGGGGCUCUUCCCACGUUGGCCCUGCAGCGGCAGAGCAGUCGAGAAAACGGCUCCCUGGAGGGCAGUGACAGUUGCCUGACCAAUGACUCUUCCUUGCUCACGGGUGACCAGGAGUGUCAGAGCCGAAGCCCAGAUACCACAGAGACCAUGUGCUACCAGCCAGUGUCCCCUGCCAAUAGCCAAGCUGGAAGUGUCAAGUCCCGGUCUCCUGACGGUCACAAGGCUGAGGGCAUCGAGAGCGGCCGCAUUGACACCGAAGGUCGUACCAGUAUCCCUUCAACAUUUAUCCGAACACAGCCCACCUAUGUCAAAGUUGAAGUACCCGGCACCUUUGUGAAAGUCGAAGUACCUGGCACCUUUGUGGGACCCACCAGCAUGCCCUCAGGCAUGACACCUUUGCUAGCAUCUCAGCCACAGCCACAGCCACGCCGACAGGCCAAGCAACACUGCUGCACGCGGUGUGGAAAGAACUUCUCGUCUGCCAGUGCCCUGCAGAUCCACGAGCGAACACACACCGGGGAAAAGCCUUUCGUAUGUAACAUAUGCGGGCGGGCCUUCACCACGAAAGGCAACCUGAAGGUACACUACAUGACUCACGGGGCCAACAAUAACUCCGCCCGCCGGGGCAGGAAGCUGGCCAUGGAGAACCCCAUAGCAGCGCUGAGUGCUGAGGGAAAGAGAGCGCCCGAGGUGUUUCCCAAGGAGCUCCUGUCACCCACGGUGAGUGUGGACCCUGCGGCGUGGAACCAGUACACCAGCGUCCUCAAUGGGGGUCUGGCCAUGAAGACCAACGAGAUCUCCGUGAUCCAGAGCGGCGGCAUCCCCACCCUGCCCGUGUCGCUGGGGGCCAGCUCCGUGGUGAGCAACGCUACGCUUUCCAAGUUCGAUGGCUCCCAGACCGGCGUGGGUGCGGCCGUGAGCAGCACGGUAGAGAAGCCUGCUGUUCCCGAUGGGGUGGCCAAACACCAGUUCCCUCACUUUCUGGAAGAAAAUAAGAUUGCAGUCAGCUAA